UUGGUGCAAGUACUCGGCUCUGUAGAGACCUCAGCGUCCCGCUGUGUGGCGUUCCCGAACUGGCUGCAGCACCAAGUACAGCCGUUCGAGCUGGAGGACGUCGCCAAGCCUGGAAUUCGCAAGAUCCUGGCCUUCUUCCUCAUUGACCCGGAGAACCCCAUUCCGUCGACAUCCGUGAUCCCUCCACAGCAAGAGGAAUGGAUCACGCCAACGUUUGAGCGCAUGAUGAAGCAGCUUCGUCUUGUUGAUGCAGUGGAGCAGAACAUCCAGUCGAUGCUGCCUCGUGGGAUGUCGCUUAGAGCAGCCAAGCAACAUCGACUAUUGCUGAUGGAAGAGCGCGCAGCAGUGCAAGAUGACGACGAGGACACGUUCGGCCGUUCCCGAUACUUUUCAUUGUGCGAGCACUAA